AUGUGGACCGCGUUCAAACACCUAUAAAACACUGCACUCCUCCUCUUCCCUGCGAAUUGGAAUAGAACAUUUACAACUCUCUUGAGUCUUCUGAUCUCAUAUCAAGUCUUAAGUUUAGUUCGAAAGGUGCUACCAAGAUCUACUGUGAGGAAAGAACAGCAGGUGUUUUAAAUAUUAAUGGAGAUGAUCUCAUCAGCAAAAUGGGCAUCUGAAUUGGAAAUGGAAGAUCCCACUUUCCUGAAUCAAUAUGAAAUGAAUUCUCAUCUGGACUACUCACUUGAAGAUCUAAAUUUCCAGUCUUUUUCUGCUGAGAGCUACUCAUCUUACCCAGAUUUCACCCCUCAUCAAAAUGAUGUUGAUCAAAGGCCAGCAAAACAGCCCAAGAAUAACCACUCUUGCACUACCACUCAUGACCACAUAAUUACAGUCCCAAGGGCUUCCUCUUCUGCCUCCUCACACCUAAUUUCUUUUGACAACUCCAACUCAUCAGCAUAUGGUUCUCUUGAUUGCACUACUACUGUGAAGCCAAAGAAUGAGGUCCUGGGUUCUGGUGGAAAAUUGAAUUCAAUUUCAACUAUGAUUUCACAAGGUAAUUCCUAUGACCCCCAAACUUGUUCACCAAACCGUGCAUAUGGCCAAGGGAUCAAGAGGGCUGCUACUGUCACUAGAAGUCCCUUACAUGCUCAAGAUCACGUUCUGGCUGAGCGAAAGCGCCGAGAAAAGCUCAGCCAGCAGUUCAUCACUCUAUCAGCCCUAGUACCAGGUCUAAAGAAGAUGGACAAGGCUUCAGUGCUUGGAGAUGCCAUAAAAUAUGUGAAACAGCUGCAAGAACGUAUGAAGAUACUAGAGGAACAAGCGGCAAAGAAAACCGUGGAGUCAGUGGUGUUUGUGAAGAGAACUCAGUACUCUGUGGAUGAUGAUAUCUCCUCAUCCGAUGAGAACUUCGACAGCUGCUCCGAUCAACCACUUCCUGAAAUCGAAGCUAGGGUUUCAGACAAAGAGGUUCUCAUACGAAUCCACUGUGAGAAAAAGAAAGGGUGUCUGGCAAACAUACUAAGCGAAAUAGAGAAGCUUAAUCUCACCAUUCUUAAUAGCAGCGUCUUGCCCUUUGGCAAUUCAACUCUAGAUAUCACUGUCGUUUCUCAGAUGGACGUUGAGUACAGCAUGACAGUGAAGGAGCUUGUAAGAAAGCUAAGACAAGCUUUGCUCAAGUUGGUUUGACCUGUAAAAUAAUCCUGUGCCCUAGACUUCUACUUUACAAGAUGGAGAUAAUUAGGAGAAUAAACUCAUGUCAUGUGUUAUCAGUCUGUAGUCUGUACCGAAGUUCUUGUUCUUUUGAUUUUUGGUUUUGAAGGAGGAAGCAAGGCCCUGUAUACAUCUCUCUCAUGCACUCAUAGAUAAAGCAAUAUAUUGCUAUGGCUUUUUUUUUUUUUUCGCUGCGAGGCUUCGUAUAUUUUGGAGGAGGGUUUUUCCUGUCAUUUUUGCGUGGUUGACCACGUUCAAUUACACUCCUGCGUUCACCUAGCUGCAGCUUUUUCAUUUUGAGGGAUUUUUUUAGGGUUUUUGUGAAAACUUCCGUUGUAAUCACUUAUUCACUUUGUACUGAUGAUUAGCUACUGUUGUUUUUUUU